GCGGGUCGGUUGCGGCUGCCGAGCCUACCCAGUUUGAGAUGCGGUGCAAACGCUGCGCGAAGUGCGCCCAGAUUCACAGUCAGACCGCGGGAGGGACCUGGGAGCGGCCACGGUCCCAAACACCAGACUCAGCCUGUGGAGCUCUGUCUUGGGCAAGCAUGUCGUCUGGCCUGCAUCUGAAGAGGCUUUAGGGUUGCUUUACCCCUAGGAGACCAAGAACUCAAGCAGGGCAAGAGCCUGCCCUGUGCCUCUCUGCCCUGCUUCUUCCCAGGCCUGGGUUGGAUCCAGGACCAGCUGUUCAGUCCCACGCUGUCCUCACAUCUCCAUCAUGACAUCCCUGCUCACGGUGCUCCUGGUGGUUCUAGUGGGCCUGCCUGUGGCUCAGGCUCUGGAGUGCCACGUGUGUGCCUACAAUGGAGACAACUGCUUCAAACCCAUGCGCUGCCCAGCCAUGGCCACCUACUGCAUGACCACUCGUACUUACUUCACCCCGUACCGGAUGAAAGUGAGGAAGUCGUGUGUACCCAGCUGCUUUGAGACCGUGUACGAUGGCUACUCCAAGCAUGCAUCUGCCACCUCCUGUUGCCAGUACUACCUCUGCAAUGGAGCUGGCUUUCCUACCCCAGUGACCUUGGCCCUGGUCCUGGUACUCCUGGCCACCUUCUGGAGCUUGCUGUGAAGCUCUGUUCCCCCAGGAAGACCCACUGAAACGCAAAGCUCUUAAAAAACACAAUCGUCCCCUUUCACCCCCUCGCUCCACCCAACCCUCUUCCUUUAGCCGCAACGAGAGCCCAUGGCUACCUACAAAAGGACUGAUGGCAUCCAGAUACCUCACCCCGAGGCCAUAACCUUUCAUUUCUAGAGGGCUGAUAUAUGGAUCUAAAUCUGCUCAGGAUCAGAGGCA